AUGGAUACAGAUAAACAAAGCAAGGAAAUGACAAACCCUUCAAAACUAGAUGUUGCUGAUCAUUUUCAUCAAAUGUCGUCGUCAACAUCUACUUAUAUUGAAAAUCAACGAAAUUGGAACGAUGAUACAGCAUACGAAAAGAAAAUGAAGAGAAAAUGUCGUGGUGACCGGAAGGCACAAAAUUUAAGGCGAAGACAACGUCGUAAACAAAUCAAUGGCAACACAGAACAUGCGAAUGAACACGUGAUUGUUAUUAGUGAAGAUGGUAAUCAAGUUGAAAAUGGCAUAGAUGAAGACCAGAUUCAAGAAUAUUCAAUGAACAUUCAACACGUUUUGAAACCAGAAAACAAACGAAAACGUCAGGAGUCAAAUAGGGAUGAUGUCCAAGUGAGUCGAUCAUUUAGUCAACUAUCGAUAUCGCGAGGAGCUGCGAAAAAGAAGAAAAAGAUUACAACAGCAACAAGCAACGAAUCAGCUACUGGAUUAUUGAACGGAACCAAUGAUGACAUUCAAGCAAGAAAGCGGAAUGACCAAGAAGAAAAUGAUGAUACUGAUGAAGUAUUAACAACAAAUUCUUUGCAUCAAUUUAAACCAAAAUACUUACGAACGUCUAAUCGAAUAUUCACACAAAUGUUAUCGAAUUUAUUAGACGCUAAUGAAAAUAUCAUUCAAUGUUUCAAUACAAACGAAAAACUUCAAUUCCUUCGGGAAAUGGUUGAAGUAAUUAAUAAUUACCAAUACUUUGAUUUACAACAACAAUUGUGGCGUCAUUAUCGUAAUAUCAGUAUGAAAGAAGAUCAGUCGGUGCUGAAAUUGUCAAAACAAGAUGCGAAAGAAUUGAAUACAUGUCGUACAUAUGGGUUUCCGAAACAUGUGAUUGAAAAACGUCUGAAAACAAUCGAGCAUCAAUUACAACGUACUUCUAAUGAGUUACAACAAUAUAACAUAAAAUUGGGAGAAAAUGCGCAACAAUGGCGACCAUCGUUUAAUUCAAGUCUGCUAUGGCAUGUUCUACAUGAAUUUAUCAGAAAAGGUCAAAAAAGAUUAGAACAAGAACUCUUAUAUCGCCAAACAAUGUCGGGAUUCAACGUCAUCGAUCGGCAGUUGAUUGCGAAAUUUUAUCAACUACGGCCAAAUGAAGAACAGAUACAUCUAGCGAAAACGAUUUGGCAAACAACAGCAGAUAAACUAAAAAUGCACGAACGUGAAGAAAUCUUACGUAAACGUAUCUAUUUACAACGAUGA